CAGUCAGUCAAUCGCACAACAACUCAUUACAACAAAGUCCCAGGGUAUGUCGAGCAGGAUAUGCACAAUGAGAGUGCCAUGGAGUUCUUCUGCCUCUUCUUACCUCUUCUUUUGGCUCUGAGGAUACCCACCGCACAUUCUGCUCCUGACUUCUCUCUAUAUCUUCACACCAUCCUGAAGAACCACACGGCUCAUGCUUGUGAUGGAGACAUGCUCAUCAUUGAGUGUCCCUCCAGGACGUCUGUGACGGUUCUGUCAGCUUUCUAUGGACGACGUGUUCCUAAUCAGCAUUUAUGCCCCUCUGCAAACACAAACAUAACUGUGGAGGAGGAUAAAGAAUGCACUUCCCCAGUUGCGAUGGAGAAAGUACUGUCAGAGUGUCAGGAUCACCAGUCCUGUCACAUCCCUGUCUUCAGUCCAGUGUUUGGGCAGGACCCCUGUCCUCUCACCAGCAAGUACCUUCUAGUCUCCUAUAAGUGCAGACCAGAGCACCACAGCACGAGGCUGGUAUGUGAAAAUGAGCGUCUGAGGCUGAUGUGUAAAAAUGAAACUGUCCUCGCCAUCUACUCGGCCACGUUUGGACACCUGCUGCAUGGGAGUCCCUACUGUCCUCAGGAACCUGGAUCACAUAAUGACAUGGAGUGUUUGUCACCUUCGGCUCUGAGGAAGGUGUCACGCAGGUGUCAUGGCAGAGCGAACUGCUCAGUACUGGCUGAUAUUCAAACCUUUGGGGACCCCUGCUUUCCCGGCACCAGGAAACACCUGCGAGUGUCCUUCACUUGUGUGCCUCGGUAUCUUCUGGAAGAUGUGGGUCGAGGGUCAACAGAUCCUUUCAUGAUCUCAGACUACACACACGGUGGAUGGUACACUGGCCCCACCUACAGGCCUCAAAAUGUGCUCUUAACCAACUCUCUGGAGAUCAUUGAAAAAAUAUUGGGUCUCCCAGAGCGAGUGGCUCUCUACUUUGUCUCUGGCAUCUGUGCUGGUCUGGUUUUCCUGCUCUGCCUGUUUGGUCUGCGCUCCACACUAGUGAGGGAUGUUAAAGAUCUGGUUUCUGAGCUGAACGAUGAGCUUAAAGCGUCUCGCAGACAGCGCAAGGAGCUCAUGGAGGACCUCUUUGACGAUGACAUCUCAGACACGUCGUCCUUCUGUCGACUCACACAAUCCUACCGCACUACUGACAUCUUCAGUCCUUCUACUUUGACAGUAGAGAUGGUCGAACGCGAGGUGGAACAGACGAGAGAUUUGCCCAACGGAGACAUUUGGCCACAUCGAGACUCCAGCCCUUAUGCCAUUCACAAAAUGAAAACCUACAACAAUUGAGAGAAGUCACCUGGAUGAGUGCAACUACAGCUUCUGUUGAGUGUCCACAUACAGACAUUUAUUUUACUUUUAAAACAAUUUGACAGUU